AUGGAAGAAGCCUUCCCAAACGAAGUUGAGGUGAUCUCUGAUCUAAACGAACUUGUUUUUCUUAUGAGCGAACUUUCAAGGAACUUUGACAGAAUUUUCGAGGACUCGCAACUUUCUACGUUUACUGUACCAUCGUCCCUUAACGAUCGUCUUUCAACUGUUGCAAGGAACGGUUUAGUUGGCAGACCAAGGCUACAGAUCUUACAGCAAGAGCUGCAAACUCUGCACAAUGACGCCGAUUUUCGUUGGGCUGAUAUCAGAAGAGUUCUUGGAAUCUCCGGGAGAACUUUGCGCCGUCGAAGACAUGAAUUUGGGUUGCCAGUUGGUGUGGGAGAGAAUUUUAGUGAUGUCUCCAACGAUGACCUUGACGAAUAUGUGAGGGAAAUUCUUGAAGUGACACCAGGCGCUGGUCAACGUCUGGUUGAAGGGGGCUUAAGGGGCUUCCGAAUCCAGUGCCAUCGUAUUCAGGAUUCUAUUCGAAGAGUGGAUCCGGUUCUUCGCACUUUAAGAGCAGCGCAACAGAUAAUUCGUAGAGUGAACAGUGUGCCAUGCCCUAAUGCGUUAUGGCGCAUUGGUGGCAACCACAAACUAAUCCAGCCAUAUAAAAUUGUCAUUCAUGGUGGUUUAGAUGGUAUUUCAAGAAUGAUAGUGUUCCUUCAGGCAUCAACCAACAACAGGGCUUAA